AUGAGUGACAACGAACGUUCGGGAUCCACAGGAGAUGACGACCUCUCACUGCCAAAAGCCACUGUUCAAAAAUUGAUUAACGAGAUGAUGCCAGAAGACAUUGUUUGUGCAAAAGACACUCGCGAUCUUUUAAUCGAGUGUUGUGUUGAGUUCAUUCACUUGAUCGCUUCUGAAGCGAACGAAAUCUGUGAAAAAGAAACCAAAAAAACCAUUGCUGGCGAACAUGUUAUUGCAGCGUUACAAGCUUUAGGUUUCGAGGAUUAUGUUGAAGAAGUUGACGAAGUAUUUAAAGAGCACAAGAAGCAACAAAAGGAUCGUGAUAGAAGGAGUUCUAGGUUGGAAAACACGGGUAUUUCAGAAGAAGAAUUACUAAGACAACAAGAACUCUUAUUUGCACAAUCUCGUAUAAAAUUCGAGGCUCAACAACAGUAA